UUGGUUGGGCACGGUGGCUAACGCCUAUAAUCCCAGCACUUUGGGAGACCGAGGUGGGUGGAUCACCUGAGAUCAGGAGUUCAAGACCUUUGGCCAAGAUGGUGAAACUCCAUGAUACUAAAAAUAUAAAAAUUAGCUGGGUGUGGUGGCAUGCACCUAUAAUCCCAGCUACUUGGGAGGCUGAGGCAGGAAAAUCUCUUAAACCUGGGAGGUGGAGGUUGUACUGAGUGAAGAUGGCGCUACUGCACUCCAGCCUGGGCAACAGAGUGAGACUCUGUCUCAGAAAAAAAAAAAAAAAAAAAGAUAAACAUAUUUACCCAUGCACAUAGGCCAAUUAUUACUCAAAUACACAAAAAUCAGUGAUCGUCACGAUUACAUAGUGAAAUACACAAAAGCAUUCAUCCAGACAUGAAAACAGACUCAAUUAUAUGGAUACAGCUCAUACAGAGAUGAACUCUAAAGAGAGGAACCCACAUGUUCAGGGUCACAGAUACACAACUACACAGCCACACUCAAGGACUCAAUUGCAAAUGUUCAAUUACAUGCUUGCCUUCAAGGUCAGGCAGAGACACAGAUAAGCAGGAGAGGUGGUAGCAUGGAGCAGUGGGUAUCACAGUCUGGGUCUGAGUCCUGGCUCUGUAGCUUAAUGCUGUUUGACUUUGGGCCAGUCAGUUGACUUCAAGGAACUUCAAUUUCCCUAUCUGUAAAAUGGGUAUGAUAAAAGUACCUACCUAGGCCUGGCAUGGUGACUUACAUUACAUCUGUAAUCCCAGAACUUUUAGAGGCUGAGGUGGGUGGAUCACUUGAGGUCAGGAGUUCGAGACCAGCCUGGACAACAUGGCAAAACCCCGUCUCUACUAAAAAUACAAAAAUUAGCUGGGUAUGGUGGAGUGCAUCUGUAAUCUUAGCUACUUAUGAGGCUGAGGCAGGAGAAUCGCUUGAACCUGGGAGGCAGAGGUUGCAGUGAGCUGAGAUUGCGCCACUGCACCCCAACCUGGGCGACAGAGCAAGCCUCUGUCUCCAAAAAAAAAAAAAAAAAACAAACAAAAAAAGUACCUACCUUACACAAUUGUAUUGUGGACAAAAUGAAGUAAUGCAUGAAAGCAGCACAGACCCUGGCACAUAGUAAACACUAAGUAAAAGGGUGCUACUAUUAUUUUGAACAUCAUAACUACAGAAAUACAGUCAGUUCGAUACAUUUGUACACGCAGGCACGUGACACUCAUGGGGAGGUGACUGGUGGGCUCUAGCGGCAGCAGGGCUUCAGACCCGUCUUCUCCCAGCUCCCUUGCACUCCUCAGAGCUGUAGGUAGCCUCUGGGCUGAGAGAGCGGGCAACGCUCCUGCCCCGCCUGGACCGGCCAGGCCUUUCCAUGAGCGUUCUAGGCUGGGCGGCUCAGCAGGUCUCCCAGGUCCCGGGAGGGGCGGAGCCGACGGGAUGCGCGCCAGGCCCCGCCCCUCAUCCGGCCCCACCCCCGGCCUGGCCAUUGGCCGCAGAGCUCGGGGGCGUGGUCGAGCUGGGGCUGGGGGCGCCCGCGGUGCCAGCCCGCGAGUCUCGCUGCCUCCCUCCCGGGGCUGCGGGCCCGGCGGCCUGGCUGGCUGGGCCGCUCUUGGGUUCCCACGCCAGUUCCCGCGCCCGCCAUGGGCAACUCACACCACAAGAGGAAGGCCCCCAGCGGUCCCCGGGUCCGCAGCUUCUGGCGGUUCGGGCGGUCGGCGAAGCGGCCCGCAGGCUCUGCCAAGGCUGAGAAUGAUAAACGUCUAAGUGUAGGGCCCAGCCAGGGUCCAGGGUCUACAGUGGAUGAGCACCAGGACAAUGUCUUCUUCCCCAGUGGACGACCCCCACACCUGGAAGAGCUGCACACGCAGGCCCAGGAGGGGCUCCGCUCCCUCCAACACCAAGAGAAACAGAAACUGAAUAAGGGUGGCUGGGACCAUGGAGACACCCAGAGCAUCCAGUCCUCCCGGACGGGGCCGGAUGAAGACAACAUCUCCUUCUGCAGCCAGACCACAUCCUACUUGGCUGAGAGCUCCACAGCAGAGGACGCACUCUCCAUCCGCUCGGAGAUGAUCCAGCGCAAAGGCUCCACCUUCCGACCCCAUGACUCAUUUCCCAAAUCUGCAAAGUCUGGGCGGCGGCGGCGGGAGCGGCGGAGCACUGUGCUGGGACUCCCACAGCAUGUGCAGAAGGAACUUGGCCUGCGGAAUGAGCGAGAAGUACCAGGCACGCCCCGGCCUCCUGGUGCGCGGGAUGCUGUGCGCAUCCCCACGGUGGAUGGCCGCCCCCAAGGCACCUCAGGGAGGGGGGCCCGGGUGUCCCUGCAGGCGCUGGAGGCAGAAGCAGAGGCUGGCGCUGAAACAGAGGCCAUGCUGCAACGCCACAUUGACCGUGUCUACCGGGACGACACCUUUGUAGGCCGGUCCACAGGCGCCCGGCCCCCACCAUUGACCCGGCCCAUGUCCCUAGCAGUGCCUGGACUGACAGGAGGGGCAGGGCCUGCAGAGCCCCUGAGCCCAGCCAUGUCCAUCUCCCCCCAGGCCACCUACCUGUCGAAGCUGAUACCACAUGCUGUGCUGCCACCCACAGUGGAUGUGGUGGCCCUGGGCCGCUGCAGCCUGCGCACACUAAGCCGCUGCAGCCUGCACUCAGCCAGCCCGGCCUCCGUCCGCUCGCUGGGGCGCUUCUCCUCGGUCUCCAGCCCACCGCCCCGCAGCCGCCAUCCUUCCUCCUCCAGUGACACCUGGAGCCACUCUCAAUCCUCUGACACCAUUGUGUCUGAUGGUUCCACCCUCUCUUCUAAGGGUGGCUCUGAGGGCCAGCCAGAGGGCUCUGUGGCCAGCAGUAGUAUGGCACCCCCUGCCCAGGGAGGCAGUGGGAGGGGCUCCCCCAGUGGGGGCAGCACUGCUGAGGCUUCAGACACACUCAGCAUUCGAAGCAGUGGGCAGUUGUCUGGCCGGAGUGUGUCCCUACGUAAGCUGAAGCGGCCUCCACCCCCUCCCCGCCGGACCCACUCCCUCCAUCAGCGGGGCUUAGCAGUGCCUGACGGGCCCUUAGGGUUGCCCCCAAAGCCUGAGCGUAAGCAGCAGCCCCAACUGCCUCGGCCACCCCCCACUGGUGGCUCAGAAGGGGUGGGGGCAGCACCCUGUCCAUCCAACCCAGCGAACAGCUGGGUGGCCUGCUUGUCUCCGGGUGGCUCCCGGCGCCCCCCACGCUCCCCAGAACGGACGCUUUCACCCUCCAGUGGAUACUCUAGCCAAAGUGGUACUCCCACCCUCCCUCCCAAGGGCCUGGCAGGUGCCCCUGCUUCGCCAGGCAAGGCCCAGCCCCCUAAGCCAGAGCGUGUCAUGUCGCUUCGCUCCCCUGGGGCCUCCGUGUCCUCUUCUCUCACGUCUCUGUGUUCCUCCUCCUCUGACCCAGCCCCCUCAGACCGCUCUGGGCCACAGAUGUUGACCCCCCUGGGUGACAGGUUUGUCAUACCUCCUCACCCCAAGGUGCCUGCCCCCUUCUCCCCACCUCCCUCCAAGCUCAAGAGCCCCAAACUAGCUGCCCCUGCUCCAGCUACCCCUGCUGUAGUUACUGCACCUGUCUCUACCACUGAUGCAGGUCCUCAGUCCCCUUCCACUCCCCAGACAUCCUUGACCCGACUGCAGGAGUCUCCCAUCGUCUCCAAAGACCAGUCGCCCCCACCAUCCCCACCCCCAUCUUAUCAUCCACCCCCACCACCCACUAAGAAGCCAGAGGUGGUUGUGGAGGCGCCAUCUGCACCAGAGACUGCCGAGGAGCCCCUCCAAGAUCCCAACUGGCCCCCACCUCCACCCCCUACCCCUGAGGAGCAGGACCUGUCCAUGGCUGACUUCCCUCCACCUGAGGAGGCCUUUUUCUCUGUGGCCAGCCCUGAGCCUGCAGUCCCUUCAGGCUCCCCAGAGCUUGUCAGCUCCCUGGCUGCUUCAUCCUCCUCAGCUACUGCUUCGAAGAGUCAGCCCCCGGGUAGCUCAGACCCUCCUCCAGCUCCACCAGCCCCAGCUCCUGCUAGUUCUGCUCCGGGGCUUGUGGCCAAGCUCCCUCAGAAGGAACCAGUGGGCAGCAGCAAGAGCGGCGGGCCUCCCAGGGAGGACACGGGUACACCCCUGGUCACACCCUCGCUCCUGCAGAUGGUGCGGCUGCGCUCCGUGGGUGCUCCAGCAGGGGUUCCCACCCCGGCACUGGGGCCCUCAGCCCCCCAGAAGCCACUACGAAGGGCCCUGUCAGGGCGGGCCAGCCCGGUGCCUGCCCUCUCCUCAGGGCUCCAUGCUGCCGUCCGACUCAAGGCCUCCAGCCUGGCUGCCAGCGAGGGCCUCUCAAGUGCCCAGCCCAAUGGACCACCUGAGGCAGAGCCACGGCCUCCUCAGUCCCCUGCCUUGAUGGCCAGCUUCAUCUUCUCCAAGGGCACUAAGAAGCUGCAGCUGGAGCGGCCUGUGUCCCCCGAGACCCAGGCUGACCUCCAGCGGAAUCUGGUGGCUGAACUCCGGAGCAUCUCAGAACAGCGGCCAUCCCAGGCCCCAAAGAAGUCACCUAAGGCUCCCCCGCCUGUGGCCCGCAAGCCACCUGUGGCAGUCCCUCCACCCGCGUCCCCCAGUUACACUCGAGCUGAGCCCCUUACUGCUCCUCCCACCAACGGGCUCCCUCACACCCAGGACAGGACUAAGGGGGAGCUGGCGGAGAAUGGAGGUGUCGUGCAGCUGGUGGGCCCAGAGGAGAAGAUGGGCCUCCCAGGCUCAGACUCACAGAAGGAGCUGGCCUGACCACCAGGCACCUCAUUGGCACUGCUGACCCAUCCCAGAAACACAAUCUCAGGGACCCGAGCAGCUCCAAGGACGAGGAUACAGCAGACACAACCUAAUAGAGAGGGCGCCUGCAGCCUUAACCUCCACGGCCUUCGAUACUUAUGCAAGCCUGGUGUUGCUCCUGUCCUCCGAAUCAUCCCGAGCUCAUGCCUUUUCCCAAAUGGGUUCACCUCCGGCAGUAGCCGCUUCAGUCUUGGCCUUAGCCUCAUUUUGAAGGAGGUAGCUGGUGGGAGAGGGUGGCUGCGCCCCCUGCUGGCCCUGAGGUCUCAGAGUUGGGAGCAGGACACCUUACCUGAGUUUCAUUUUUUUUUCAUGUCCAAACCAUGCACAUACUAUAGUCCAGAAUCAAAGCACUUUUGAAAGUGGCUGCAUGGCCAUCCUCCAGGGCCCAGGAAGCUGCAUUCCAAGGGCCUGUUUACAUAGCAGUGGAAUCCAUUCCCGGCAGUCAGCCCAUAGCUUGGGACCAGUCUGCCCCCCUCCCCAAUCCAGUUUACUCCUCUUGGUUCUUGGAGGUGGCCAAGUCAUUGUGUUCCCACAGGCUUCCCUAGGCUGGGGGCAGGGGUGGGGCUGUAGAAUUCCAAAGCACAAAAGGUGCAGAGGGGACUAGCCUUCCUGUGCCUCAACUUACCAACCAACCCCCUGCCUUCCAGUUCUGCCAGGUGCUCCAUGCCAGGGACAAGUAGGAGACUGCCAGGGCCCAAAGAGAUGGGUGAGCAGAGCAGUAGAGUCACCUUGGGGCACUUGGCAGUGUCAAGCACCUGCCCCUUGCCUCCUUGAGCACGCUGGGGUGGGUGGGCACCCAGCAGUUCAGAGGCAGGAGCCUUUGGGCUGAGCAAGCACCGAGAAGGUGGAUGGAAGGGAGCACCUGGUGGCAGAGAGCUUCCUUGGGCAGUGCGCCCAGGCCUGGCCCUCUGGACUUCAUUCUCUGACCUUUCUACUCAUUUUGGUGCAUGUCCUUUCUGCAGCUGCCUUUCAGCACAUGUGGUUCCACUGCAGGGAGCUGACGCUGAGUGACAAGGAUGGGAAGCCACAGGUGCAUUUUACUCGUCUUCCCUAGUCAGUGAAGGGCAUCCAGUGCUCUAGGGCAGGCUGGGUGGUGGUCCCCUAGGUAUCAGGCUCUCCUACCACACCCUCCCCCAGGAAUGUUAACCUUUCUGUUUUCAGCCUGUGCCACCUGUCUAGGCAAGCUGGCUUCCCCAUUGGCCCCUGUGGCUCCACAGCAGCGUAGCUGCCCCGCAGGGCGACCCCUUCUUUCUUGAUCCUCUUUCUUCAACAGUGACUUGGGCUUGAAUCUGGCAAGGAACCCUGCUUUUAGCUUCACCACCAGGGAGAGAGAUUGACAUGACCCCCACCCCCGCUCACCAAGAGCUGGGAACAGAGGGGAUGUGGUGAGACCCAGGUUCCUCUGGCCCUCUCCAGGGCUUUUUCAGCUUGUCACUACUGUCUUCUCCCUGUAGCUAAUCUAAUCAACCAAUGUCCUUCCCUUGCUUGUGGGCAGUGGAGAGUGCUGCUGGGUGUAUGCUGCACCUGCCCACUGAGUUGGGGAAAGAGGAUAAUCAGUGAGCACUGUUCUGCCCAGAGCUCACCCCCUAGGAUCCACGACUGAGUCAAAGCUGCAUGAAACCAGGCCCUGCCAGCAAACUAGGACCCGCUGGAGGCAGGAGGGAGCCUGAUGUCUGUCUCCGUCCCUCCCCUCCUCCAACGUUACUGGAACUCUAUCUUGUUAGGAUCUUCUGAGCUUGUUUCACUGCUGGGUGGGACAGAGGACAGGGGAAGGGAGGGUCUAGAAGAGGCAACCCUUCUUUGUCCUCUGGGGUAAAUAAGCUUGACCUAGAGCAAAUGGAGACCAAAAGCCUCUGAUUUUUAAUUUCCAUAAAAUGUUAGAAGUAUAUAUAUACAUAUAUAUAUUUCUUUAAAUUUUUGAGUCUUUGAUAUGUCUAAAUAAAAAAAUCCAUUCCCUCUGCCCUGAAGCCUGAGUGAGACACAUGAAAAAAAACUGUGUUUCAUUUUAAAGGUGUUAAUUAAAUGAUUGAAACUUG